CAUUUCCAACUGUUAUCUGGAGAUGGCGUCAUCAGCAUGUGCUCGCGUGGCCUCUCUGUAUGUCGGUGAUCUUCACCCGGAGGUCUCAGAGGUCAUGCUGUACGAAAGGUUCAUCCCGUUUGGCCCGAUUCAGUCCACCCGAGUGUGUAGAGACAGAAGCACCUGCAGGUCUCUGGGCUACGGAUAUGUGAACUUUGUCAACCGUUCAGAUGCCGUGCAUGCAACAGACAUUUUGAUGUUUGACCUCCUCAUGGGUCGGCCGAUGCGCAUCAUGUGGGCCGACCGAAACCCUGCGUUGAGGAUCACAGGUGUUGGCAACAUCUUCAUUCAGGGGCUGGCCAAGAACAUCACCAGCCUGACUCUACACGACACCUUCUCUCGUUUCGGCACCAUCUUAUCUUGCAAGGUGGUUGCUGAUGAGAAUGGCUCUAAGGGAUUUGGUUUCGUCCAUUAUGUGACGUACGAAGCCGCUGAACGAGCCAUUCAGACGCUCAACGGGAUGAUGCUGAACGAUCAGCUGGUGUCCAUUAGUCACUUCAGAUCGUUUCAGGAGCGUCAGUCAAACCCUGAGCGCGCCAUGAAGAACUACAAGAGUCUCUUCCCGGGGGUGCAUCUCUAUGUUAAUAAUCUGCCCUACAGCUGGACGGACCACCAGCUGCAUAGAGCGUUCUCACCGUUUGGGACCGUCACCAAUGCAAAGGUGGUGAGGAACGGUGGCCGCAGCAAAGGGUUCGGCUUUGUGUGUUUUGCAAGCCGUGAAGCCGCAGCUCAAGCCAUUACAGCAAUGAACGGACGGGUCAUUGCCAACAGACGGCUGAAUGUUGCCUUCUCGCGGGUCAAGGACCAGGAUACGUCUGUGUCCGACUGUGAAUCGCCCUCCGUGGUCACUCAGACGCUGCUUCCUUCUGGACGCUUUGGUUCCGUUGUUCCACAGGCUAAAACUGGUCAUCAGCUCACCAGACACCUUCAGCUUGAGUCCUGUUGUCGCCGGGAUGCAGCGUGUCUCCUGUCUAAGUGUGAGAGUCUUGUCUCGCUGGUCGCUCCACUGCUGUUAGACACGCUGGUGUCCCACACGCCAGUAGAUGCACUGCAGCGUGUGAACCAGGAGCUGUCAGAGCUGAAGUCUGAUCCGGUCAUUGAUGCUCCUGGAACAUCAGACACCUUCAGCGCUGUAACCUCUCCUCUGUCUGGAGACUUCGGUGCUGUCAUUCCAAAGGCUCAUAGCAGUGCCGCUCAACAGUUCUCCAGCUGUCUUGUGUUCAGUCGUCGCUGGUUUGCAGAUGUUGCUCUGCCUCAGUGUGAGUAGCUCUUCUUUACAUCCCUCAAUGAUGCUUUAACGGUCGCUGGUCUAUUUAGCUUGAACU